ACAUAUGGGGAGGGGCGGGACCCUCAUAUAUCGCGGCGAUCCUGUUCUCUUGAAGUUUCCUGCAUGCGUUCCGAGGCUUGACAUCUCGGCGAUUCUUGGGAAAUACUAAACUGCACCUGAGUGAGAACCGUUAGCAUGUACCAGGCAUCUAAUGUCUACUUCAUCUGUGCCUUUGCCGCCUUGGGCGGCGGGCUUUUCGGAUUCGACAUCUCGUCCAUGUCCGGCGUUUUAGGCACCCAGGCCUAUAAACAAUACUUCGGCUACCCCAAGUCAUACCGCCAGGGCGCCAUUACUGCCUCCAUGCCCGCUGGAUCGCUCGUCGGCUCUAUCAUGUCGUCCUUUCUCGCCGACAGGUACUCUCGAAAGGUCGCUCUUCAGAUCAGCUGUAUCUUGUGGAUCAUUGGAGCCACGAUCCAGACUGCUGCUCAGAAUGUUGGCAUGCUCUGCACUGGACGUGUCAUUGCAGGACUUUGUGUGGGUAUUGCUAGUGCAAUUGUGCCCGUAUAUCAAUCUGAAAUUGCUCCGAGAGAGAUUCGAGGACGAGUCGUCAGUUUUCAACAAUGGGCCAUCACUUGGGGUAUUCUCAUCCAAUACUUCAUCCAGUACGGUGCUGCAGAGGGCACUGGCGGCGGACCAAACGACCCCAACCAACCCACCGCCGCCUUCCGAAUUCCCUGGGGUGUGCAGAUGAUCCCAGCCUUUAUCCUCUUCGUCGGGCUCUUCUUCUUCCCCUACAGCCCCCGAUGGCUCGCGUCGCAGGACCGCUGGGAGGAAGCUCUGCAGGUGCUCGCCAAACUACAUGGAAAGGGCGACCAAAACGACCCCAAGGUUCUCGCGCAGUACCGCGAAAUCGAGGAUGCCUUGAGGUUCGACCGAGAGGAGGCCACUAGCAGCCUGUCGGCCUUGAUCCAGCCCAGGAUGCUCAAGCGUGUGGUGCUGGGAAUGAGCAUUCAGAUGUGGAGCCAGCUUUGCGGCAUGAACAUCAUGAUGUACUACAUUGUCUACAUUAUGGAAGGUGCUCAAAUUGCAUCGCCUCUUAUGACAGCCUCCAUUCAGUAUGUCAUCAAUGUCGUACUGACGCUUCCGGCGAUCCUGUACCUGGAUAAAUGGGGUCGACGCCCAUCGCUCGUCAUUGGAUCCUUCUUCAUGAUGACUUGGCUCUUCAUCUCAGGUGCCCUGCAGCAGUAUUACGGACAGCCAAACACCGACGAGACGGUAACGGACAACAACAAAGAUAUUAGCUGGAUUGUGGCCGAUAACCGCCCUGUUUCAUCUGCCAUUGUGUCCUGCUCCUACCUCUUUGUGGCCACUUUUGCUACUACAUGGGGUCCCACUUCGUGGACAUAUCCUGCUGAGAUCUAUCCCGGCAAGAUUCGUGCCAAGGCUGUGUCGAUGAGUACGGCGACCAACUGGUUUUGGAACAUGGUUCUGGCAUUUGCUGUGCCGCCGCUUUUGUGGAACAUCAACUUCAAGAUGUACUACGUCUUUGGAGCUUUCAAUGCCGCUGCCUUCAUCCACAUGUUCUUCACCGCAUACGAGACCAAGGGAUACACCCUCGAGGAAAUGGACGACGUAUUCGACUCUGGAAUCCCAGCCUGGAAGACGCGCACCAAGACUAGCAGACUGGAGGUGCUCGAGAAGGAGAUUGAACAGGGCAACCUUAAGGUUGUCGCGCCGGGAGCUCGACAAAUCGAGGAGAUUAAAUGAGUCAAACAAAGCCUCCUGUUCAGAUGCAAUGAAAGGAGGGUAAUUGGGUAUCGAUGGAUGAGGCUGCAGGCCGGUUACAGUGUUGGCAAAUGGUGGACGAUGGGAGCACGGUGUGCUGGAAUUGAAGUUGAAUUUUGCGACAUGGAGUGAGAUACCUUGGAGGAAGAGUCUUGAUUUUCUUCAUCUUGGACGAAAUACCCGCGGCGAUAUCAACACAUGGUGGCUACUUGGCGAUGGCCACAAUCGGCCGACAGGUUGCCAAGACAUAAUUUCUAUUUCGAAGACAGAGUUUUUACUGGAACGAACUCCCUAUCUAAGCCCC